AUGGCCAAGUCAGACCGGCCGCAGAAGCGCGCCAAGCUGCUCGAUGACAGCUCCGACGACGACGACGACGAGGCUGGCGUCAAGCUCGACAUCAACGAGGAGUACGCCAAGCGGUUUGAGCACAACAAGAAGCGCGAGGAGAAGCAGCAGCUGGAGGAGAAGUACAAGAAUGUCUCCACCACCAAGAGGAAGCGCGAUGGGGAAGACGAGGAAUCUGAUGAAGACUCGGAGGAUGACGAGUCCGAAGACGACGAUGCGCAGCUUGCGACCGAAGACCUAGACGACGAGAUCAUGGCGACCCUACAAGCCAUUCGAACCAAAGACCCGAAGGUGUACGAUCAGAGUGUCAAGUUCUUCAAGGAGUUCAAUCCUGAGCAGAAUGGCGGAGCAGAGGUCAAGAAAGAGAAGCCCAUGUAUUUGCAGGACUACCAUCGCGAGAACCUGCUGGCUGGACGCACAGGCGCAGAAGAGGAGGAUGAGAAGCCACAGACAUACGCUGAAGAGCAAGAGCAGCUGAAGCGAGAAUUGGUGGGAUCGAUGCACGCUGCUGGCGUGGAAGAAGAGGACGAGGAUGGGGACGAACUCAUGGUCGCCAAGAGAAAGCCCAAGCACGAGGACCUUCCAGCACCAAAGGCAUCGAAGCCUAGGAAGAAGAUCACGGACGACGACAUCAAGACCGCGGACAAGGACCCCGAGACAUACCUCUCCAACUUCAUGGCUGCUCGAGCAUGGCUGCCAGGCGAGGGCUCGCGCUGGGAAGCUUUCGAAUCCGACGACAGCGAUGACGACAAGCGCGCGGACGAGUUUGAAGAGGCGUACAACAUGCGAUUCGAGGAUCCGAAUACGGCGAAUGAGAAGUUGCAGUCGUUUGCAAGAGAUGUCGGGAAGUAUGGCGUGCGGCGAGACGAGAAGACGGGUCGUGCAAAGGGAAGAGAGCGGGAGAAGCAGCGGAAAGAGGCGGAGAAGCAGGAGCGGGAUGAGGAGAAGUCUCGUUUGAGGAAGCUCAAGAUUGAGGAUGCAGAGGAGAAGGUGAAGAGGAUCAAGGAGGCAGCAGGAAUCCGAGGGCAAGAAGCGCUCAACCUGGACGAGUGGAGAGACGUCAUCGAGGGUGACUUCGAUGAUGAGAAGUGGGAGGCCGAGAUGAAGCGGCGUUUUGGAGAGCAGUACUACGCCGAUGAGGAUGAAGAGAUGGGCUCAGGCGACGAAGACGCUGAGAGCAAGAAGAAUAAGAACAAGCCCAAGAAGCCCAAGUGGGACGACGACAUCGACAUUGGCGAUCUCGUUCCAGAUUUUGAAAAGGACGAGGCAGCCAAGAUCGCUCUCACCGAUGACGAGGACGCAGAGGAAGGCGGCAUCUCUAUUGUCGACGAGGAGGACGAGACUUCGCCCAAAAAGAAGAAGAAGAACAAGAAGGACCGCGAGAAGGAGAAGGCCGACGCCAAGCGCACCGCCCGCAAAGAACGCAUGCAAAUUGAAGAAAUGGUCGACGCCACUCUGCCACUCCAACAGGCGACCGCAUCUUCCAAUGGAGCCCCCGUUGGCUUCCGAUACCGUGAGACCUCACCGACAGCCUUUGGCCUCUCAGCCAGAGACAUUCUCUUCGCAGACGACUCGGCUUUGAACCAGUACGCCGGUUUGAAGAAAAUGGCCGCGUUCAGAGACGAGGAGAAGAAGCGAAAGGACAAGAAGAGGUACAGCAAGAAGCAGAGGCUGAAGCAGUGGCGGAAGGAGACUUUCGGCAAGCCAGAUGAGCCGGCUGGUGGUUUCGAGAAGAUCCUGGGAUAUGAAGAGCAGCAGCCAGCAACAGACUCGAAUGUCAAGGAUGGCUCGAGGAAGAAGAAGAGGAGUAAGGGGAAGAAGAGCAAGGGUGGGGAUGCUGGUGAGGCCGUGGACGCUUAG